UAUCGAUUUGUAAAGCAUGUAUGACUACGCAGACUGAGAUUUUGUUCCUCCUGAGCAGAAGGUUGUCUUUGAUUUAGUCGAUUAGCUUCUGUUCUUGAUUAUAGAAUGGACGAACAAAGUCGUGUUGCCACGAACCAAACUUAUGAGGGUUUGGCUUCUUUUAUGAGGAAAUGCUUGUUCAGUGUUCUGUCUGUUGGCCCUAUUCCUGCUCACAUCGCCUUCAUCAUGGAUGGGAACCGAAGGUAUGCAAAGAGAUGGAACUUAGCAGUUGGGGAAGGCCACAAAGCCGGAUACUGGUGUGUCAUGUCUCUUCUUAGGUACUGCUUGGAAAUGGGAGUGAAGUACGUAACUUUCUAUGCCUUCAGCAUUGACAAUUUCAAGAGACCCCCAGACGAGGUACAACUUCUAAUGAACCUUUUGCAGGACAAGAUUGAAGAAAUGCUUGAGAAAAAAAGUUAUGUGAACCAAUUUGGUGUUAGAGUAUGCUUCAUUGGUAACUUGAAGCUUUUGAGCGAGCCUGUCAGGGUUGCAGCUGAAAAGGCAAUGAAGGCGACUGUUAAUAACUCCAAAGCUGUGUUGAUAAUCUGUUUGGCCUAUACUUCAACUGAUGAGAUUGUCCACGCUGUAGAAGAAUCCUGCAAGGAGAAAAUGAAUGAAGUUCAAGUACCUAAUGGAAGAAAGGUUAGCAAUGGUGUGAUUCAUCGAGUCAAAGAGGGAGGGAAGGUUAAUGGUGUGACUGAGACUUAUGCUCACAUAUCCUGCAACAACAAUUUUGAUGGAGAAGCAGCUCUAGGUACUAGUGCGCCUUCCAAUGGUAAUAGCAAAAGAGUUGAAAAGGUGAAAAGGGAAAAUGGUACAGUUAAUCAUGCGGUUGCGAGUAGUGGUUUUGUUGAAGAGAGUGGGAAGCAGCAGCAGAAAAUUCCUCAACUGAAGCUGGUUGAUAUUGAGAAGCACAUGUACAUGGCAGUGGCACCUGAUCCUGACAUUAUGAUCCGAAGUUCUGGCGAGACCAGGCUGAGCAAUUUUCUUCUUUGGCAAACUACUAACUGCCCACUGUACUCUCCGGCUGCACUGUGGCCAGAACUGGGUUUAUGGCAAUUGGUUUGGGCAGUGCUGAACUUCCAGCGCGACCACUAUUAUAUGGAGAAGAAAAAGAAGCAGGUGUAACAUCCUCA